UAGAGCAGGUUAGAGAGACUUACCACGAAAAGCUCAGUGGAAAGAAUUUUGAAAUUCAAAAUUAGUUUCUCCGCUCUUCAUCUCUCUCGCUCUAUUAUCUUAAACUCAUCAUUGCUCUUGCUCUCUCGCCGUCGUCUGAGUCGGAAAUAAUGAGUAAGAAAUCGCCAGAAUCUGACGCCGACGAUAGUGAGAAGCCAUGGACCCUGGCAGAUUUCCAGAUCGGGAGACCACUGGGAAAGGGUAAAUUUGGCAGAGUCUAUCUCGCUCGAGAAGUUAAGAGUAAGUUCAUAGUGGCGCUGAAAGUGAUAUUCAAGGAGCAGAUCGAGAAGUAUAAAAUUCAUCAUCAGCUUCGGAGGGAAAUGGAGAUCCAAACGAGUCUAAGCCACCCGAACAUUCUUGGUCUUUACGGUUGGUUCCAUGACGAUGAGCGCAUUUUCUUGAUCCUCGAGUAUGCUGAUGGCGGUGAGCUCUAUGGCCUCCUCAAAAAGAAUGGUCAUCUCUCUGAAAAGCAAGCCGCCACUUACAUUGCAAGUCUUAGUCAGGCACUAGCCUAUUGUCAUGGAAAAUGUGUCAUUCACAGAGACAUCAAACCUGAAAACUUGUUGCUCGAUCAUGAGGGGAGAUUGAAAAUUGCUGACUUUGGGUGGUCAGUUCAGUCAAGUAACAAGAGGAAAACAAUGUGUGGAACCUUAGACUACUUGGCACCUGAGAUGGUCGAGCAUAGAGAUCACGAUUAUGCUGUUGAUAAUUGGACUUUAGGUGUAUUGUGUUACGAGUUUCUCUAUGGUCACCCUCCGUUUGAAGCCGAGAGUCAAAAGGAUACAUUCAAGAGAAUUCUCAAGAUCGAUCUGACUUUUCCUACUGCGCCUAAUGUUUCAGCAGAAGCCAAAAAUCUUAUCAGUCAGCUUCUUGUUAAGGAUCCCUCGAAACGACUCUCCAUUGAUAAGAUCAUGCAACAUCCGUGGAUCGUCAAGAAUGCAGAUCCUAAAGGUGUGUGCCUCAGUUGAUGCUAUUCUCCCAAUCUCAGGACAAAGUAGCUUUUAUAUGUAAUCGAAUGUUAUGAGAAGAAUCUCAGGACAACGUAUCUUUAUAUGUAAUCGAAUGUUAUGAGAAGAAUGUCUUAAGAAGUUCAGAGAAAGUACAUU